GGCAAAGCCCCUCUUUCGAGAGGGAGUCGCCAGGGGGCGCCGCAACCUCGCCUUUCGCUCCUCCGUGUUCUUUUCCGACGCCCGUUUCCGGAUUCGGGGCGGCGGCUCCCGGGGCGGAGAGCGAAGCCUGUCUUCUCGGCGGGAACAUGGCGCAUCUCCGCGACUGCAAGGCCUGGCAGGAUGCGGGACUUCUUCUUUCAACCACAAGUAAUGAGGCCUGUAAAAUGUAUGAUGCUGCCCUGACUCAGUAUGUGACCUGGAAAAAUGAUAAUAGUUUAGGGGGCCUUGAAGGAACUUUCUCAAAACUACAGGCAGCUGACCCUAAUUUUUUAAUGGGUCAUGUGAUUGCUAAUGGUUUGGUUCUGAUUGGUACUGGGAGUUCACCUCGACUUGACAGAAAACUAGAUGGUGCAAUAAAGAAAAUGGUGGCACUGUCACAGUCUCAGCCAUUGACUGAACGAGAGAAAUUACACGUUUCUGCAUUGGAGCUCUUUGCUAAUGGGCAGCUCCCAAAAGCUUGUGACACCUGGGAUCAAAUCCUGCAGAACCACCCAACUGACCUGUUAGCCCUCAAAUUUGCACAUGACACUUAUUUCUACUUGGGACAUCAAACCCAGAUGAGAGACUCCAUUGCUCGAGUCUAUCCUUAUUGGACACCAGACAUUCCUCUUAGUAGCUACUUAAAAGGCAUGUACUCCUUUGGACUGAUGGAAACCAAUUUCUUUGAUCGUGCUGAGAAGCUUGCCUAUGAGGCUUUAGCUAUCAACCAAACAGAUGCAUGGUCUGUCCACACCAUAGCUCACGUGAACGAAAUGAAGGCAGAUCUGAAGAGUGGGCUGUCAUUUAUGAAGCAAACUGAAAACAACUGGAAGGAUAGCGACAUGCUUGCUUGCCAUAACUACUGGCACUGGGCUUUGUAUUUUAUUGAAAAGGGUGACUACGAGGCUGCUUUGACAAUUUAUGACACUCAUAUUGCUCCCAGGUGCCAGUUCAGUGGAACAAUGCUGGAUGUUGUUGACAAUUGCUCCAUGCUGUAUCGGCUUCAGUUAGAAGGUCUGAAUGUUGGUGACAGGUGGAAAGCAGUAAACCAGCUGACAAAAAAACAUGCCAAAGAUCACAUCCUGGUUUUCAAUGAUGCUCAUAUUCUGAUGUCUUCAUUAGGGGCCCAGGACCACAAAACUACUGAUGAACUCUUAGCAACUCUUCAUGAAGUCACCCAGGCACCUGAUGAAGACCAUGAGCUAAACUUAGUUCCAAAAUUAGGGCUGCCUCUUUUGAAAGCAUUUGUAGAGUUUGAUAAUGGCAAUUAUGACAAGGCAGUGGAAUUACUGUAUCCCAUUCGCUACCAAAUUGUCGAAAUAGGAGGGAGCAAUGCUCAGAGAGAUAUUUUUGCCCAGUUACUGAUUCAUGCUGCUUUGAAAUGUAAAUCUAAAGCUAACCAAAAACUUGCUAGGUGCCUCCUUCUAGAACGUGAUGAGCUGAGACCAAAUUCACCAUUGACUGAGCGACUGUUGCGGAAGACCACAGCCCUUCAUGCUCUGGGAUAAACCUUGGAAAAGCCUUGUUGUUCAACAGAUUCGUCAUCAGCUUUACUAAUCAGCAAUUUCCUAUUAUGGCAAGAAGCAAA